UUACAACUAAUUGGAAACGAGAGGUCACAUUGGAGCAAUUAAACCGUGUACCAGCCGAUUGCUAGCCAGGUGAGGACAGCAUGAAUGCACAAUGGUCUCCUGUACCUUUUCGAUAUCAUCUUCACUCCAAUAUAUGAUCUGAAACAUUUGACUGCUCAUUUCUACACGCCAGCCAGCGGCCUGGAGCCAGCAGUCUGCCAGGGGUUAAGGGCCGACUCCCUCCCUCUCCUGUCCGACCGUGCAGCCCGAUCUGCCCCCAGGUUGAUCAGCAUGACAAAGCACUGGGGGGGUCAGAGCAUGCUGGCACCACCCGCUCUCUACCUGCGCUCUCCUAGCCUGGGAGGCAAUCACGAUCAUCAACUUGACUUCCAGAUCCAUCCUCUGAGCAACACAGCGCGGAGCUCUCCAGCCCAACACUGGCCCUACUGCCCUAUCCAGGCGCCAGUCCGACAGCCUCCACGGCUCGAGAAGCCUGCCCCUGACCAAUUCAGCCUGGCCUCAGCGCCCAUGGAUAAAGCGACACCGCUAGACCAGGAGGAAUCUUGGGACGAGGAGAAAAAUGCGAAAAGUGGAAAGAAAAAAAACUAUCAGCGCUACCCCAAACCACCCUACUCCUACCUCGCAAUGAUUGCCAUGGUCAUCCAAAACUCUCCAGAGAAGAAGAUUACUUUGUCUGAGAUUCUAAAGGAGAUUAGUACACUUUUCCCUUUUUUCGAAGGGAACUACAAGGGCUGGCGGGACUCAGUGAGACACAACCUCUCUUCCUAUGACUGCUUUGUUAAGGUAUUGAAGGAUCCUGGUAAGCCCCAGGGGAAGGGCAACUUCUGGGCUGUGGAGGAGAGCCGGGUGCCUCUGGAGCUCCUCAAGAGACAGAACACUGCCGUGUCGCGCCAGGAUGAGACCAUCUUCGCCCAGGACCUCGCCCCUUACAUCCUGCAUGGGCACCAACAUAAGCCAGACACAGAGCCCCCGGCCCCACCAGUCACUGUUCUACCCCCAGGCCCACCUCUCACUGCUCUACCCCCCUUUUCCACCAGACAACACUCCCCCCUUCAGGAGGCGCUGUACCGGCCCAAGCUGGACUCGUCCUUUGCCAUUGACUCCCUCCUCCACAGCCUGAGGCCGGCCAGCGCUGCAGGAGAGCCUGGCAGGGACUGCUGGGGGGUGGAGCCCCACACUCGUCCACACCCUCGCUACUCCUCCACUGCCCGCAGCGCCUCAGCCAGCUCCGCCAGCCCCGCCUCCUCCUCCUCCGAUGAGGACUGGAGGGGCGUGUCGCAGGGAGGGAAGCGGGUUCCUGAGGGAGAGGCGGGAUCAGAUGGGUACGAGGACUGCAGACUCCCUCCACACAAGUCUGCCCGUAGAGUCUCCGCCCCUCCCUGGGAGCUGCCCACCUCGUAUGCCAAGUACACACCGCCCAACGCUGUGGCCCCGCCCAGCAUGCGUUUUAAUGGGGGCCCUCUGAUUCCACUAGGGAUGCCUCUGUAUGGCUAUGGGGGGUCUCCUGUCACAUCCAGCCAUUUUGUAGGUCAUGCCUACUGGCCCCUCUUACCCAGCGGGCGCCCUCCCCUCAUUAUGGACUUGGACGCUAUGCUCCAGUCAGUACCGCCCAAUAAGAGUGUGUUUGAUGCGCUGGGUCUGCCCAAUCAGUCGUCUCACCAGCCUGCUGGUCAGUAUACCCUACAGAGUGGGCCCCCUCUCAGGCGUCAUCCCCAUUAUUGA